ACACGAGGCUCGUUUUAAACAGCGUAUGUUGGAGCUGACAGACACCAAUAACACGGCCUACCUGUUUCUGUCUGCUGCCAACCGCUGGCUGGAGGUCCGAACGGAUUACCUCGGAGCAGUGAUCGUGUUGACGGCAGCAGGAGCCGCCAUAUGGAGCCCAUGGAAGCUGCACUCCGGAGGCCUGGUGGGCCUCGGACUCACAUACGCCCUCACUGUCACAAACUACCUGAACUGGGUUGUGAGGAAUUUGGCGGACCUGGAGGUCCAGAUGGCAGCUGUGAAGAAGGUCAACAGCUUCCUCGGCACGGAGUCAGAGAACUACGAGGGAUCUAUGG